AUGUCAAGUUACCGCGGCCGUACGGGGCCGAAUUUUUCGGAAUACCUCAACAGCCUGAACAGCCUGACUUCGCCCUACGAGCAGGAGCAAUUCCAGAGCGAGGACCUGGACCUCAGUCAAGACCUGGCUAUGUUUACGAAUACCGAUUUCACACACUUCGAUAUCCCUUCCCUUCCAGAAGACGGCACAUAUAACUUCGAAAUGAACGAUCCGAAGAACAACCACAAUAUCAAGUAUGAAGACCUUUUGACCGGCUCAGAUGCCAUUCCCACUUAUUCACCUCACAAUGUCGAGACAUCUCUACCUGAAUCUGCUGCAUUCUAUAACACAUAUAACACGCCCAUCCAACCUGCCCCGGCGACAGGCUUUGGCAGCCUUGAAACUCGACCCUCACCUUCAGCAUCCGCCGCCGGGCGGAAGACGGACAACAUCGAGGUCACGCAACUGAAUGGUGAAGAAAAGUCACGUGUAGCUGCGGAGGAGGACAAGCGGCGUCGAAAUACUGCUGCCAGUGCACGCUUCCGAGUGAAGAAGAAGCAGAGAGAACAGGCGCUAGAGACAACGGUUCGUGAAGUUCAAGACAAGAACAACAAACUCGAGUCCCGAAUUACUCAGCUUGAGAUGGAGAAUAAAUGGUUGAAGGAUUUGAUCACCGAGAAGAAUGGCAUUCAGUCCAAGGAGGAAAUGGCUGCAGCGUACCAUCAGUAUCGCAAAGCAAGCGAAGAGCGCGACCUGAAAACUUCCGAGCACACCACUGGGGUUGGAACCAGUGACUGA